AUGAAUGCUCGUCAGCGUCUGGAUUUGCUCCUUCAAGGAGACGAGAGUCUCCGAUAUUUGAACACCCACCUGAGCGAUGGUGCAGCCGUUCGACCUGCCCGUGAGGCGGAUGGAGCUGAUCCUGUUGCCGAGACCAAGAAAGCUAAGCAAGGCGUAAGUGGUUAUGCUCUCCCCGUUGAUUUUGAACCGGAGCAUGGUAUGAAAUACCCUCCGGAGCCCGGAUUUCCUUUGUCGUACAUCCGUUCAUAUGUUGUUGGAGAGCUAUUUGACUCGGAAGACAAUCAUUUGACCCAGAACCAGGAUGAUCGCAACCCCCGUCGUGCUCCGAAGAUUCGCGUUGAGCUCUCGGACGUGGUCAAAGAUGAGCGCGGCGGUGAUUUCGACAUGAAUUCCGACGAGGAGCCGGUCACUGCGAUCCAGGUUACGUCGUCGUUUAGUCCGGCAGUCACUAUGGCUCGCUUCCCAUUCAAGUAUCUUCAUGGAGACAAUUGCUUGAGAGUCAAUGAGCGGUUCUAUGAGGGCGAUAAGUUCUGGAAUCGAACCUGGGAUUUGUAUUACCUGUCGGUCCCAAUGACAAUUUCCAAAGUCCCAUUUCUUCUGAUUCCCACUUUCCAAGCUCAAGCACUGCUUGAUGAAAUCAACUCGGCUCUGAACCUCAAUUUGACUCUCACGGGCGUUGACAAGGAAGGCCUCGUGAUCGACAUCAAUAAUGGGAAACUGCCACAACCUGUGUACCUUGGCCGAAGCAGCACCAGUGAUCGGAAGGCUAAAUUGGAGAAUCGUGUUCCCUCGCCUCUGGAGAACUGGGGACCAUGGGUACAGCUAGUCGAGCCCCAUGUUUUUGAGGAAUUUGAAAAGAACGUCAAGCUGUCAGUUGCCUCAGCCAAAGUUAAAAAGAACAACAACAAGAAAGCGAUCCGAGAGGUCCAAACGAAGAAGUGGUUGGAGUGCCUAGGUCGUGCGCAAGCCUACUUUGGUCUGCGUCCUGCGUGGCAGCCGAAUGUUCCACAGCUAUCGUUUGCCAAUCGUGAGAUUGAAGCGAUUGAUGUUCUGAAACCUGCCAAAUGGGCUUUUCAAGACGCCCCCAUUUUCAUCUGCAUUGAUCUCGAAUGGAUGGACAUUAUGAACGGCCCUCUGACUGAGGUCGGAAUUUCGACCCUGGAUAUGUUGGAUUUGCAAGGCGUGGUUCCUGGCGAUUAUGGACAUAUGUGGCUGCGCAGAAUUCGUUCCCGCCAUCUGCGUGUGAAGGAGUACCGAAACUGGGUCAACAACGAUUACAUCCAAGGAUGUCCUGGUAGAUUUCGAUUCGGUGAAAGCGAGUUUAUUCCAAGUGCUCAGAUUUCAAACGUUGUGGACGCUGCGUUUCGUCCCCCAUACAUGGUUCCCUUGAAGGAAGAACACGUCCCCCAAUACAAGAAUCAGAAGCGCAAUGUAAUCCUCGUCGGUCUCGAUCUCCAUGGUGAUAUCACGCAUCUCCAGGAAGCAGGAAGCCGGGUUUUCCUCGAUCUGAACGGAACCUCUUCAGUCAUUCGUGAGACCAUCGACGUGGCAGAGCUGUACCGUGUUGAGGCGGGUGAAACCCAGAAGCGAGGCCUUCGAGCACUGCUGGGAUUGCUGAAUAUCUUGAGUUUCGACUUGCACAACGCGGGAAAUGAUGCGUACUACACCUUGCAUGCUCUUGUGCGAUUGAUGCUGAGAGUAGCUGGUGAGAGGCCAUGGGGAUACGAGAGCCCUGAAGUCAGUAUUGUGGAGCCCAAUGUUAAACGCAGUGAGGAAUGCAGUGGCGAGCAUAAGGAUAUGCCCGAUGUCACGACCAAUCCCAAGGAUCAAUGCAAGGAUAAGCGCGAUGAACUCAAGUUUGAAUCCAUGGUUAAAUCCAUGUCUGCGAUGUGUGAAGAAGUCAAUGACAACACUGACGACGCUGGCGAAGGCCCCGUUUGGAGUCAUUAA